AAACUCAGUACUAAAAACGAAACUUUUGAACCAUUCACCCAACUUAGGGCAAAACUACUUGACCAUUCUUGCAAUUUUGUCACAAAAUAACUAUCAUCAUUUAAUUUUAAUUGAAUAGACACGCACGACAUGUUAUGCCGGGAGUUGGUAUUUGACCACCAAGAAGACGGAUUUGAAAUUCCAGUUGCUGUGUAUUCUCGUGCCACACUGCAGGUUAGCCACGUAUUAUCCACGCUAUAACAUGAUAUCAUGCCACGUAGACACUUCGCCCCCUCCAUCCUUUUUCUCUUUCUUUUUCUCCUUCUUCCUUCCGUCCAACUCUUUCCACUUCCGGCAACCAUGAACGAGAACGCCCCACCAAAAACCCACCAAGACGGCCAACCGCUUGAAAGCUUCACCAUCAAUGCAACCCUGGUACGCCUUCCCCACCUAACCGACUACCUUCCUCACCUCAAACCUCAAACAACCCCAUUAGAAUCCAACCAUUUUUACCACCCCUCCGACGAAUUCUACCUCUCCCACUCCGACGUCAUCAUCCGCCGGACCAUCUACGACCUCUCCACCACCUCCCUCUCCUCCUCCUCCCCUCACUUAUCCUACCCUCGUGCUGGACCCCGUAAACAGAUAUUCUACAACCCCCAAAACGUCAGAGCCGCCAUUGUUACUUGCGGAGGCCUCUGCCCCGGCCUUAACACUGUCAUCCGGGAGCUGGUUGUCGGGUUGUCGGAGGAAUAUGGAGUCCCGGAGAUCUUCGGAAUCAAAGCGGGUUACCGUGGGUUUUAUUCCAUGGAUCCUGUUAAGCUUGAUGUGAAGAUGGUUCAUAACUGGCACAAAAGAGGAGGCACUGUACUUGAGACCUCUAGAGGUGGAUUUGAUCUUCACAAGAUCGUCAAUGCCAUUGAAGAACAUGGAUAUAAUCAGGUGUACAUAAUUGGUGGAGAUGGAACUCUACGUGGAGCCGUGAAAAUAUUCAACGAAAUCCGUCACCGGAAACUCCACAUCGGCGUCGCCGCCAUCCCCAAAACAGUCGAUAACGACGUGGGAAUCAUCGACAGAUCAUUCGGGUUCCAAACAGCCGUGGAAAAGGCUCAACAAGCCAUCAGCGCAGCUCACGUGGAGGCCGAAAGUGCACCCAACGGCAUCGGCCUUGUCAAACUCAUGGGUCGAACCACCGGCCACAUCGCCCUCAAUGCAACCCUAAGCAGCCGAGACGUAGACUGUUGCUUAAUCCCGGAAAACCCUUUUUACUUAGAAGGCAAAGGAGGUCUGUUCGAGUUUCUUGACGAACGGUUAGCACAAAAUGGUCAUGCGGUGGUGGUGGUGGCGGAAGGGGCUGGGCAAGAUAUGAUUCCGAGAACUGAUGCCGCCUCCCAGAAGGAUGAAUCCGGGAAUCCGGUGUUUUUGGAUGUCGGAGUGUGGUUGAAAGGGGAGUUGAAGCGGUGGUGGGAGAGGGAUCAUAAGGAUGAGUUGUUUACAGUGAAGUAUAUUGAUCCGACGUAUAUGAUUAGGGCUGUUACUGCUAAUGCUACUGAUAAUUUGUAUUGUACGCUUUUGGCACACUCGGCGAUUCAUGGUGUAAUGGCGGGGUAUACGGGGUUUGUGGCGGGUCCGAUUAAUGGGAAUUAUGCGUAUAUUCCGAUGGAUGAGAUUUCGGUGACGAAGAAUGAAGUGAAUACGAAGGAUCAUAAUUGGGCCUGGGUUAGAUCUGUCACAACUCAACCUGAUUUUGUGAGGAGUUGAGAACUCUGUUGAACAGUUGAAAGAUUUGGUUUUACUUUUACAGCAUUUUUCAGUUUUUUUUUUUUUUUUUUUUCAAGCGAAAAAUGAAGUUCUUUUGACAUGUCUUUUUGUGUAUUUGUUUGCUGUUGGUAUACGUUGUAUGGAAUUAGGAUACGUCAAAUAGGUUAUCUUAUAGAGUUGAUUAUUAAAAU